AUGAGCCCAAAGCAAGAGGAGCAAGCAAUGCCUCUCUCCGACGACGGUGAAGAAACAACCACAGCAGCCAUGAUUAAUAAUAACAAUACAUCUACAAACGGUGGUGUUGAUGAUAAAAAAGCAAAGCAACAAAAGAAAAAGAAUAAAAAGCGUAAACGAAAAAAGACGAUCAUAUUACCACCGGGAUUAAAGCAAUACGAAAGAGUAAAUCAAGCAUCAAAUAGUGUGGAUCAUCAGCAAGAUGAUAUUUUUGUUCAAAAAGAUGUCAUUCAAGAACUUGCAUCAUCGGGAUCAGACAUUCUCGAUGAGUUUAAACGUAUAUUUGAACGAUUUGGAGCAACUGAGGAUUUUAAUUCUAAGCCUACUGUAUCUGAAGAAAUCGAGGAACCACCCAAGAAAGAAAAAGAUUUGUUUGAAUUGAGCAGUGAGGAGGAUGAAGCCCAACAGGAUCAGGAGGUAGAAGAGGAUGACGAAAAUGAAGCCGAUUACGAUCCUGUUUCUCUUAUUGCCAACAAGCGAGGUAAAAACAAAAACAAACUUAAGAAAAAGAAGAAGCGUAAAUAUAGGUUUACAGUUUCCCAGCUAAAGCAACUGGCACGAAAACCAGAUGUAGUUGACGUUCAUGAUAUCACAGCAAAUGACCCUGAACUGUUGGUUUACUUGAAAUCCUAUAGAAACAGUGUCCCUGUACCAUCUCAUUGGCUUCAAAAGCGAAAAUAUCUUCAAGGUAAAAGAGGAUAUGUCAAACCACCUUUCAAACUUCCAGAUUUUAUUGCAAAAACGGGAAUUACGAAGAUGAGAGAGGCAUACCAAGAAAAAGAAAGUGAAAAAUCCAUCAAACAAAAGAUGAGAGAACGAGUUAGACCAAAACUAGGAAAAAUGGAUAUUGACUAUCAAGUACUAAGAGACGCUUUUUACAAGCAUCAAACAAAACCAGAUAACACUACUAUUCAUGGAGAUCUGUAUUAUGAGGGAAAAGAAUUUGAACAACGCAGAAAAUAUAUCCACAAAUAUAAGCCUGGAAAACCACUAUCUGAAAAACUGAGACUUGCUUUGGGUAUGCCAGUAAACGCUCCCCCUCCAUGGCUUAUUAAGAUGCAAGAACACGGCCCUCCUCCAUCAUAUCCUAAUUUAAGAAUACCAGGUUUGAAUGCUCCAAUUCCUGAAGGAGCUAGUUAUGGUUACCAUCCUGGUGGAUGGGGACGGUUGCCCGUCGAUCACAUGAACAGACCUCUCUAUAACAAGUUCUUUGGUGCCAAUGCUAUCGAGCCAGAAGAUAAACGGGAUGAUUCCAAAUCCAAAUCAUUGUGGGGAGAAGAUAUCAUUGACGACAUGCAGGAAGAAGAGGAGCCAGAAGAAGAGCCUACUGAAGAGAUUAGGGAAGGAGUGGACUCUGAUGAAGAAAUGCAGGCUGCAGUCACUGAAAAAGAGGAAGAAGAGGAGGAAGAUCAAAGCUCUAUCAUAUCUGUUAGUGGUCUAGUGACACCCAAACCGAUGGAUUAUUAUCCACAAAAAUCCGUCACAUCUGUGACAGUUCCUCUGAAAACUCCUGAUGCUAUCAAUUUAAGAAAAGAUGCAAAGAAAACAAGUGAUUCAGAACCAAAGUUACUUUACAGAGUGUUGGAAGAAGAAAAAAGAGAAAUUGGAGCCAAUGAAUACAUGGGUUCAUCUACCAAAUACAAAGUACCACCUACUGGUAGCUCUACCAUGUUGCCACCAACCCAAGAGUCAGCAGAUGACAAGAAACGAAAACGGAAAGAAAGCUCAGGAUCACAAAAGAAGUUUAAGUUUUAA